CUGUCGUUCAAGCUAACUCUUCCCUUGAAGAUCAAAGCCAAGUCUUCACAGCUCCUUCCGCUACUUAUGUUGGCGUCUAUGACGGACAUGGUGGCCCUGAAGCUUCUCGAUUCAUCAAUAACCAUCUCUUCCCUUAUCUUCACAAGUUUGUGGCGGAACAAGGGGGAUUGUCAGCGGAUGUCAUAAAGAAGGCUUUUGAUGCCACUGAAGAGGAGUUCUUGCAUUUGGUGAAGCGUUCGUGGCCGGCCCGGCCGCAGAUGGCUUCUGUGGGUUCCUGUUGUUUGGUUGGUGCCAUUUCCGAUGACCUGUUGUAUGUGGCCAAUCUUGGGGACUCCCGGGUUGUUCUUGGGCGGAAGGCAUCCGAGGGUCGAAGGAUUCCGGUGGUGGCGGAACGCUUGUCCACAGAUCAUAAUGUUGCAGUGGAGGAAGUAAGGAAGGAGGUCGAGGCGCUUCACCCAGAUGAUUCUCAUAUUGUCGUUUACAGUCGUGGAGUUUGGCGGAUUAAGGGCAUAAUUCAGGUGUCGAGAUCUAUUGGAGAUAUUUAUCUAAAAAAACCUGAGUUCAAUAGGGACCCCCUUUUUCAGCAAUUUGGAUCUCCAGUCCCUCUUAAACGACCUGUGGUGACAGCGGAACCUUCAAUCCAGAUUAGAAAGUUAAAGCCACACGAUUUAUUCUUGAUUUUUGCAUCAGAUGGCCUGUGGGAGCAACUAAGUGAUGAAGCAGCAGUAGAGAUUGUGUUCAAAAACCCAAGAGCUGGAAUAGCAAAGCGAUUAGUGAGAGCUGCCCUUCAGGAGGCUGCUAGGAAGAGGGAGAUGAGAUAUGAUGACAUUAAGAAGAUAGAGAAGGGAAUCAGACGGCAUUUCCAUGAUGAUAUCACUGUAAUCGUGAUUUAUCUUGAUCACAUCCAAGGCUCUUCUAGUGGUAGAUUCAAGUACAAUGCUGUUGACUGCACCAGUGCUCCUGUUGACAUCUUCUCUCAUAACACAGAUGAAGCAGAAGAAGAGCGCAUUAACACUAUUUCCUGAAAGAACCUGUCCAGCUAAAGGGUGCACACUGAGUUACUGACUAGCUGCCUUUUUGUAUAUACUUAUAUAUAUAUAUAUAUAUAUAUUUAUUAAAAGAAAAGAGCAAUGAUUCAAAGAGAUGAGUACAUAAAUGUUGUUAAAGGAAUACAUUGGUGUCAAAGUCAGGCCAAAGACAGGUUAUCCAAUACAGUUAGGGUGGUGUACAUUACAGUCGGGAAUGGAUUGUUGAAAAAUCCAAGCUGCCAUGCGACUUCUUAAAUCACAUUUUUUGAGUUCCAAUCUCAGUUCCAGGUAUUGCUCAGGUUCUUGGUAGCGUUCAAUUGGGAGCAGUUUUAGUUUUGUUCAGCUUUGUUAGAGUGGGAGAGGUGGCAGUACUGCAGUAGGCAUGAACAGAACAAAGAGGUGACUAUUUUGAAAUCUUUUCAUUUCACUUUGAUUGUUACUACUAUGAAAUUUUGAUUUCAGGUAAUUUCUCGUAUUGGUAUCCUCUUGCUCCUGGCUCAGUUUGGUUGUUGGAUGUGGGUGCUUUGAUUGAACCAAUUGUGAAGGUGCCUUCCAUGACCAUUUUGAAUCCAUGCCCAGAAGCAAACAGGAGGCUGGGGACAGGAUCGUGGGUGGCAACUGAAGCACUUUUAAGUGGUCUUAGGUUCAACGCCCACACCCUUUGCUUGAGGAGUGAGGACCAAAGGUAACUUAACUAUUGCUUCAUCGUUCUUUGACUUCAUCGAUUGGUGGAACCAUGCCAUGACUGGAGCCGCCACAAGAUCAGUUGUCGCUGCUAUUGCCCGUGUAAACUACACAUAGUCUUCUCGGGGCACUUAGCUGUGCUGGCUCCGGCUCAUGGAAGCAUUAUUCUCCUUUUUCCACAUUCCACAAUGUGUAUGCUAUGAGUUGUUGGAUCAUUUUUCUUGUUUCAAUGAAAGGGAGAGUUAAUAAGUAGAAUGCA